AUGUCGCUUGCACACACAGCUGCAGAAUACAUGCUCUCAGAUGCCCUGCUGCCUGACCACAAGGGCCCCCGCCUCAAAGGACUGCGCCUGGAGCUUCCCCUGGACCGGAUGGUCAAGUUCGUAGCCGUGGGCUUCCCCCUGCUGCUGGUGUCACUGGCCUUUGCCCAGGAGUUCUCCUCCGGGUCUCCCAUCAGCUGCUUUUGUCCCAGUAACUUCAGCAUCCGGCAGGCUGCCUACGUGGACAGUUCCUGCUGGGACUCCCUGGUUCACCACGAACAGGAUGAGUCUGGCCACUCCAAGACAAAAUCCCUCUGGCCUCACAAGGCCCUCCCCUACUCACUGCUGGCCCUGGCCGUGGCCAUGUACCUGCCGGUUCUGCUGUGGCAGUAUGCAGCCGUGCCGGCCCUCAGCUCGGACCUGCUGUUCAUCAUUAGCGAGCUGGACAAGUCCUACAACCGCGCCAUCCGCCUGGUGCAGCACAUGCUGAAGAUCCGACAGGAGAGCUCGGACCCUGAUGUGUUCUGGGACGAGCUGGAGAAGGCUCGGAAAGAACGGUACUUUGAAUUCCCCUUGCUGGAGCGGUACCUGGCCUGUAAGCAGCGCUCACACUCACUAGUGGCCACCUACCUCCUAAGGAAUGCCCUCUUGCUCCUCUUCACAUCCGCCACCUACCUGUACCUGGGCCACUUUCACCUGGACGUCUUCUUCCAAGAGGAAUUCAGCUGUUCCAUCAAGACAGGGCUGCUACAUGAUGAGACCCACAUCCCCGACCUCAUCACAUGCAGGCUGACCUCUUUGUCUGUCUUCCAGAUUGUCAGUCUCGCCAGCGUAGCCAUCUACACCCUGUUGGUUCCAGUGAUACUAUACAACCUCACACGGCUCUGCCGGUGGGACAAACGGCUCCUCUCCAUCUACGAGAUGCUCCCAGCUUUUGAUCUCCUCAGCAGAAAAAUGCUGGGCUGUCCCAUCAAUGACCUCAAUGUGAUCCUACUUUUCCUCCGAGCCAACAUCUCUGAGCUCAUCUCUUUUAGCUGGUUGAGUGUCCUUUGUGAGCUGAAGGACACAGCCACCCAGAAGCACAACAUUGACACCGUGGUUGAUUUCAUGACUUUAUUGGCUGGCUUAGAACCCUCAAAACCUAAACAUCUCACCCAUGGGAUGUGUGAUGAAAAUCCUUAG